AUGGAGCCAGCAAUGGCAGUCAAGAUGAUAAAAAACAUAAAAAGUAAAGGACACACUCUAAAGACACUAGUUAUGGAUGAUGACACUAGCACAAUUUGCAAAGUUCGUGAAGAAGUUGAUCCAGACAUUGAAAAAUGCAGUGAUAAAAAUCAUACUUUCAAAAACCUCACCAACCACCUGUUUACUCUUCAAAAAGAAAAGUACAAGAGGAUCCUCAGCACAAAGACAAUUACUCACAUCAAAAAGUGUUUUGCCUAUGCUGUGUCAUCAAACAGGGGAAAUCCAUCAGCGCUGAAAGCAAAUCUUAUUGCCAUACCACAUCAUCUCUUUGGAAAUCACUCCACCUGUGAUUCAAAGUGGUGUCGGUACCUUCAAAAUAAAGAAUCAUACAUCCCAAGGAAUCUUCCCUAUGGACGAUAUCUGUCAGAUACCAAUUUGCAUGAAGAUCUACUCCAUCUGUCUUCAUCAUUUGCAGGGCAAGUUGAUAAGCUUUCAUCUCUAGAAAGCACCCAGGGCAAUGGAAACUUCAACUAUAUGGUGUCAAUGAAAAAUCCUAAGAAUAACUUCUAUUCUGGAUCUGAGAGCACCUCUGGAAGAGUUGCAGCUGCUGUAUGUGAGACAAAAUUUGGGGCCACAAUAUGUUACAAAGGUUAG